CAUGCGGCUAAAUAUAAACGUGGGCAUCCUGGGCCACGUGGACGCCGGAAAGACAUCCCUGGCAAAACUCCUGAGUGAAAUUGGCAGCACAGCUUCCUUCGACAAGAAUCCACAAUCCCGCCAACGUGGGAUAACUUUGGACUUGGGCUUCAGUGCUUUAUCUUGUCCAGCACCUGAACAUCUACAAGAUAGGUACAAGAAGGUCCAAUUCACCUUGGUCGACUGUCCUGGACAUGCCAGUUUAAUAAAAACCAUCAUGGGUGGAGCGCAUAUAAUAGACUUCAUGUUGCUGGUAGUUGAUGUCACCAAAGGCUUCCAAACCCAAACUUCUGAAUGCCUGAUUAUUGGUGAGAUCACUUGCAAGAAGAUGAUUGUUGUUUUGAAUAAAACUGAUUUGUUGCCACAGAAAACGAAACGAGAAAGUAUUAACAAGAUGCGUAGGAAGGUUUUGGCUACUAUAGCGCCAACGGAGUUUAAGGGAUCACCAGUUGUCGCUGUCAGUACAGCUGGGCACGAAGGACUCCAGGAUUUACUCCAAUGUAUGAUAGACUUUAUUACUGUUCCCCAACGUAACGUCGAGGAUCCUUUCCUGUGUGCUGUUGACCAUUGUUUUGCAAUUGUAGGAAAAGGAACUAUCCUGACAGGUACUAUUUUACAAGGCAACAUCAAAGUAAACGACUCUAUUGAAAUACCUGCUUUAAAAACCCAACGUAAAAUCAAAACUAUACAAAUGUUCAAAAAACCAUCGGAGAAAGCUUGCGCUGGCGAUCGCAUAGGCAUUUGUGUACCCCAUUUCGAUCCAAAAUUAUUCGAAAGGGGCAUCAUAUGUUGUCCUGGAUAUAUAAAAGAGGUCCAAGGGGUUGUUGCUGAAGUAUACAAGAUCAAAUACUAUAAACAAGAUGUUGCAACUAAGUCCAAGUUCCAUAUUACUUUAGGACACACCACAGUUGUUGCUGUUGUCACCUUUUUUGCAUCAACAACAACAAACCAGGACUUUAAUUACGACGAUCAGUAUGAAUAUAGCUUCAACCUCACUGAUGACGUAGGCUCCAAAAAACAAUACGUGUUGCUGGAAUUUGCGACUCCUGUUUUGACCCAAGUGGGGUCAACUUUCAUAGCCUCCAAAUUAGACACAGACAUCCACACCAGCGCGUGUCGUUUAGCUUUUUGGGGCACCAUAAAACAAACCUUCAAAGACUUGGACAAAACAACGUUAUCCAAACUCAAGAUAUACAAAGACAGAUUCAAAACAGGUAUUGUAGAACGUGCACCAAACCAAUACGAAGUCAUAGCUAGAAACAUGUUUCAUAAAGAAACAGAUCUACAAGUUUUUAUUGGUUUAAAAAUAACUUUGUCAACCGGUGAGCAUGGUUUUAUCGAGAGCACGUUUGGUCAAAGUGGUAAAGUUAAAUUGAGGAUUCCUGAUGGUUUGGGGGAGAAGACUUUUGAAAUGUUAAAGGAGAAGAAGAAUAAUAGUUCAGGUGUUAAGCAAGAGGCUGUCGAGGUGUUUUUGAGUUUUAAGAAGUAUAUAUAUGAUACUACGAAGAAAAUUAUACAAUAA